AUGAGUGGAAGCCAGUCCGAAAGUAGCUUCAAAGGGACCCCGCUCCGCGUCAUUAUUCACCGAAUCUCCCGUCUAGCCGGCGAGCCGCGGAAAAGGAUCCGGGUGGAUCUGACAACGAGCGCCGAGCGCACUUCAAGCUGCCCAAUGGAUCCCCCCAGCAACUUCUCAGGAUUUCCUGCUCUUGGUGAAAACAGGCAGCGCGACGCGGAGGUUUCGCCAGCAAGCUCCCCUGCACUGUCACAGAUGCUGUGGCAGCCCAACACACCCACCGUCAUCACAGGAAUGCACGCACCCAAUUGGGAAGGGGGUAGCUUUGAGGAGACAUCACCCACAAGCCAGGCUCCUCCACAGGCUGCGGAUCCUCAUGAGGAGGAAGCCGUCUAUCACAUGGCGAAACUGCAUCAGUGCCUCAUGGAUUGCCUUGCUGCUCUGCGCGUCAUGAUGCAAGCGAAGGACUCCUCGCGCCCUGCUCGGCGGGUGAACAUGCCAUAA